AUGUUGCAUAAUGACCCAGAUAUUCUUCAGCUUGCGUACUGGCCAAAUCCAAAGUUUACACCUGAGAACCAGAGCACCGCGUGCGCCGCAUUUGCUCGGAUUUACAACAAUGGUGGUGCCAAAUGCAACAUCCAGACAGAUAUUUCUUGGUUCCGAUGGCGAAAGCUCAUCUGGAACGCUUCUUUUAACACCGUCUGUGCCAUAACGAAUUUGGACUCGGGCGCCAUUCAGGAUGCUGGUGGUCUGGACACCCUGAUCCGCCCAGCCAUGAGAGAUGUUGUGGCAGUUGCCCAAGCAGCGGGGCAUAUCUUCUCCGAUGAGAUCUUGGAUGACAUGGUUGCAUUCACGCCCAAAGAAGCCCGUCUGAAGCCGAGUAUGCAGGUUGACGCGGUGAGGCAGAAGCCAAUGGAGAUCGAGGUGAUCUUGGGAAAUCCUAUCAAAACCGCGAAGAAACUUGGCGUGCUGGUUCCAACUUUGGAAUUUCUCUACAGCCUUUUGCAAACCAAGCAGUGGAGUUUCUUGAAUUUGGAGGAGUGA